AUAGAUCAUGCACCGCAUGGAUUCCAUCCACAUCAUCUGGCCUGCCGGGACCAAUGCAGCAAUCGGUGCGCUCAAUUGCUCAGGUCUCACCGGCUGCCAGGAGUCUUGGCCAGGGUCACCACUGCUACUAAGAGAUUAAAAGCACGACGGAUGACCGUACCUGAUAGGAGAGAGCAAGAAGAUUGCUGCAUUGAAGAUCACUUUCCAGUCCACAUAUGAUUUGCAGAGCUUGAUGUCACAUUGGAGCAACAUUUAGUCAGUCUCUUAUUAGAUCCAACAGUGAAGGAAUUGCACUUAAACUGUUUGGUUCUGGUGAGAGUAUCAAAUGGGAAGUUUAGCCUGCAUCUUCUCCCUAGCUAGAAACUCACCCAUCAGAAGAAUGGGGAUUCAGGACCUGUUUUCCCUCCUACUUAAACUGUGAGUUCCAUGUGGGACAAAAACUGUGUCCAGUCUGCCUAUCGUUCAUCAAAACUCCCUCACCCAACCUUGCUUCAAUCUGCUAGAAGGUCCGACUACAGCCGCAUGUCCUCAACUAGCAGUGAGCUCUCUGUAGAAGAUGCCCAGGACCCUUUCCUUGUCAGCAUCCAUAUAAUCACAGACCCAGGCGAAUCCCAAACUCUCCAGGAAGCCAUUGACAAGCUGUUGGCUUGGCUCCAUCCAGACCUCCAACUGUUCCUCGUCUCCGAGCGGAGGGUCCCCAGGAAACGGAAGAAGCCGGGGAAGGUUUCUCAGCCGGCGCUGGCCGUCAUUUUGUUCCUUCAGGAAGAGUAUGGAGAAGAGCAGAUCUUGCAGUUCCACGAAAGCUUCCGGAAACCACCGUGGCACUACCACCAUACAGAGCGAGUGCCAGGCAGGUUCCUUCCCUAUUUGCCAUGUAGUCAGGACUUCUUCGUGCUGACGCCGGGAACCCCACUGUGGGCCAUCCGACCAGUGCACUAUGGGAAAGAAAUUAUCCGCUUCACCAUCUACUGCAGGUAUGAAAACUUUUCUGACAUCCUGAAGCUCUAUGAGGUGAUCCUUAAAAAAGGCCCAAGUCAGAGGAAGAGCGACUUCUGUAUUUUCCCAGUCUACUCCAAUCUGGAUGUAGACAUCCAGUUCUCCCUGAAAAGACUUCCCAAGGGCCACAGCCCUUCCCCAACGGAGUCAUCUGUGUUGGAGUUCCGAGUGAAGGAUUUAGGGCAGCUGGUGCCUCUUUUGCCCAAUCCUUGUAGCCCGAUCAGUGAAGGGAGGUGGCAGACGGAAGACCAUGAUGGGAACAAGAUCCUUUUACAGAAGGCCCAGAGUUUGUACAGGAAGUCUUCUCAGACAAGCAAGCAUAACUGCUGGUCGACAAAUAAUUUCUGCCUCACUGCUUCACCCAGCUUUGCCCCUCAGAGUCCUAGCCUUCUCUCUGAUAGCAGCAGCGGCAGCCAGCAACUGAACUUGGGUGGUCCUGACAGUGGCCUGUGCCAGUAUUUUGGCAUCAUCCCCCAACAGGGUUUGCCGGAUGGGGCAGAGGGAAGGUACACCGGGAACUCCAGCAACCCUUCUGGCCCUCCAUGGCCACUCCAGAGGAGCAAGUCUCUGUUUUGCUUGCCCUCCCUGAACUCCUCCUUCCCCAGGGACUCCUUGCCUCCGACCGAAUCCCUCCAGUUUUUAAACGGUGGCUCACCAGAAGAUGAAGUGGCAAAUUGGAAGGCAAAUCGCAGGCUCUUUAUUGAUGACUUGGAGGAUGCCCAGGAGACCGAUGUGGACACAGGGCUAAUGCUGUCCUUCUCCGAUCUCUCAGUGGUCUCGGCCUACUCAGCUCCCGGUGGAUUUUGCGAUGGUUCAGAAGCUUUUGCCUUGCCCCCAAAACGAGGCAUCCACCGGUCAAAACCCAGUGCUUCCAGGAGAAAGCCACCGUCAGCUAUUAGUGGGUCUGCCCCGGAGGCCUCCUGCAGUUCUCUUCCGUCACUGUCCACGUGGCCUUCCAGCUGUCCCAUCUCAACUCCGGCACCUCCGUCGGUGUGUGGCUCCCCGCUCAGUGUGGGCCCAAGAACCAUCCUUAGUGGAAAGCCUGCAGUGGGAAACACCUAUAAGCCUUUGGGGUUCCCCAGAACACCAUCUAAAGAAGAAGAAGAAAAAGAAGAAGAAGAAAAAGAAGAAGAAUUCUACAUCUGAGCUUCUCCUGUCCCAGCCACUCCUCUACCCGGUUUUGAACUCUCUUAGCUUCUGUCCCACUGAGUUGUAAAUAUUGCCAAAGAACAUGUGAUUUUUAUUUUUAUUUUUUUUUAGCAAGGGUUUUUUGCCUGAGUGUGGAAUUGAAUUACUGGUCUUAUUAGAAAUCCUCAGUUUUAGGAGUUUAGCAAGUUUGCAGUGAACAUUGGGUCUUGGCUGAAAACUGGCAUUUCUACAAAGGCUCAGAGGGAAGGCAUUGAUUUUUAAGAAAACAACUCAGCAUAUCCUAAAACUAGGGAAAAAAAAAUCUGAUUAAAGUCCAAGUUGGGUUUUUUUUAUUUUUUUAUUUAGAACACUUUACUGCUUGUAUAAUUCAAAUAUAUUUUAAAUUAUUUGAAAUAAAAAGAAAUAGUUAUAAUUAGUAUUAUGAGGGGGGAAGUAUAAGAUCCAAAAUACAGAGGUAGGGGAAGUGGCAGGUUUUUACUUAGUAAUUAUUUUUAUGAGAGGUUUAAUGCAUAUUGUCAUACUGAAAAUGCAGCUGUCCUGAAAAUGCACGUUCCUAAUUCUGAGAUAAAUGACACUGAAAGCUGUGCUAGUGCCGCUGAGGAGAUGCCUGCAAGUACAAAUUUAACAGUCGGGUAGCUCUGCUGCACACUCAUCACCAGGAUAAAGGACCUACUUUGACCAGGAGAAGCAGCAU